UCAUGCUGCUGCCAAGGUCCAGAGUCUGUCAUGGGUCCCUGUACGGCCUCCCAUUGCUGCUGUCUCCAUCGCCACACUCUGCCAUGUGCCACUUUCAGGUCUCCUCACACUCCUGCUGUUUUCCAUUUUGUCAUAGGUUGCUGGCAGAUUACAGGCCUCCCAUAGGUGCUGCCAGGCCCCAAAUCUGCCAUGGGCCCCCGUACCGCCUCGUCACGCUGCUGCUGGGUCCACAGUGUGACAUGGGUUGCUGUAUGGCCUCCCAUUGCUGCUGCCUCCACCGCCACACUGUGGCUCCA